AGAAAAGGAUAGAUUUGAUUGGUUUUUUUUUUAAUCCCAGGUUUUGUACUCAUUUAUUUUUCUCCUCCCAUGAAAAAGACUCUUCAGAUUCUCUUGCUGAUUCUUUUAGAAUUUGCUGUUUGUUUCCUUAUCUCUCUAAUAUUUCAGUUUGUCCAGGAGAUAUGUUCUCCCUACCAAAAGCCUGUGAAAUAACAGGGCAGGAGCCAAAGCCUAAUGUAGCAGCAUGUUAUUAAUUAGCCCAGGUUUGGCAGAUAAAUAACCCAAGAGGAAAGAGAGAAGAUUUGCAUUAUUUCUGUUUCAUUUGUGUUUUGUUUCAAUUGAAAGCAGCCCACUGAAGGAGAAGAAAAGCCUACAAUGACUUUACUGCAUAUGCACCUGUACUUCAGUGGCUUGGUCCUCUGGAUUAUACAGAAAUCUAGCUCCUUUGUGCUGCCUAAUGCCACUGACCUGCUGUACCCAACCAGCAGCACUGAGACUGGCCUUCUGUCUGGCAUUGGGGUGCCAAGGAGCCGCAGAAAGCGAUACAUAUCUCCAAGGGACAUGAGUGCAGUUUUGGACUAUCACAACCAGGUGCGGGCUCAGGUCUCUCCACCAGCUGCCAACAUGGAGUAUAUGGUGUGGGAUGAGAGACUGGCCAAGUCCGCAGAAGCUUGGGCAGCACAGUGUAUAUGGGACCAUGGGCCACCACAGCUGAUGAAGUACAUUGGUCAGAACCUCUCCAUUCACUCUGGCAGGUACCGCUCAGUUGUGGACCUUGUGAAAUCCUGGUAUUAUGAGAAGCAGUACUACUCCUUCCCCUACCCUCAGGAGUGCAACCCCAGCUGCCCUUCCAAGUGCAGUGGUUCUGUGUGUAGCCAUUACACCCAGAUGGUGUGGGCCUCCUCCAACAGAAUUGGCUGUGCCAUCAACACCUGCACCAACAUGAAGGUGUGGGGCAGCACAUGGCGGCAGGCUGUGUUUCUAGUGUGCAACUAUGCCAUCAAGGGCAACUGGAUAGGAGAAGCUCCGUACAAGAUGGGGAGACCAUGCUCAGCCUGCCCACCCAGCUAUGGGGGCAUCUGCAGCAACAACAUGUGUUUCACAGGACUGAAAUCCAACAAAGUCAGCUGGUUCUAGGCCCCAGACUACUGUGCCAGGCUUCACAGCAGUGGGAGAACCCGGGGCAGGAGCCAUGGCUGGUUGACAGGACAGAAUGGGAAUGACCAUGUACACCAAGGGUUAUUUAUGGCAGUGAAAUCCCAGGCUGCUUUCUCUUCCGUCCCCCCACAUUUGCCUCAGCUGCAUUUAGGAAGCUUUAAACAAUAAGAGCUGAACACUUCCCUAUGACUGUUAUAUACCAGCAGUCCCUGCUUUCCCCGUAGUGCUGUGUAGGGAAUGGCUGAGCUGUCACUGUGCCUCUGUAUUUUUUCAUACAGCUCUUUAGGGAAUGCUUGUAUUUUUUUUGUAACUCUGAGGGAAGUAGGCAAAAGCUUAGAUUCGCAGGGUAUAGAUGUAUCCAGGGAGCCCGUGCACUGCCCAGUUCCCAACCCUACACAGAGGCAGAGACAGAAGGGCCCCUUCUUCUCACAUGUAAGCCAGAUGAGCAAUGUAAAUAAUGAUGAGACUUUCCUCUGAGCAUCCCCCAUAACGAGUGACUGAUUGGAGCAGCGAGGGCUCCAUGGGCAGCAGUGUGCUCCAACGGUCCCUUGCAAGUGACUCUACAUUCAUCCUGCACAACUAGCGGGGCUCUUUUUCAGACUGUCAUAAUAAAAGUCUUGAGACCAGGGUA